AUGAGUUUGGCCUUUUGUAAGUAUUCAUUCUUUGGAUUCCCUUUGAGUCUCAUCUUUGUCAUAGUCUCAUCCAAAGGCCCAGCAGUGGGUAAUCGUAUCAAACCCGAUGUGACAGGAAUUGGUUACAAUGUAGUGAGUGCUCAUUCCGAAGGAGACUCAACGACCAAUCAAUGUGGAACCAUUUCUCCAGCUAUUGGAAAUUCAGCUGCUUUAAUAACCUCUCAUGGUCCCUUUUUGAAAGCUGCUCUUGUUCAUAGCUCCAUUCCCAUGACUGGAAUUUUGGAGUUUUCCAAAAAUGGGAAAAUCAAACUCUCAGAUUUAGGAAGCCCAAACUCUUACGAAGGUUUUGGAAGAGUUUAUUUGGGAAGUUUGUUACAAAAUCAAGAUGGUACUCCCUUGAAGAUUCUCGUGAAGGAACAAUCCUUUAAAAGCAUUUCAGAUUCUCUCAAAUUAUGUUUCAAGAGAAAAGACGACAAUAAUGCAAUUCAAACCUCUCCCUUCUUUAAGGCCACUCUUGCAUGGUACGAUUAUCCAGGAAGUGUUGCUGUUAUGCCUCAACUUUUGAGUGAUUUGAACCUAUUCAUCAAUACCUAUGGCACUAAUGUUUCAAAACUCUCAGUGAUUGAUGGAAAUUAUGGAAACCAAGUGGACACGACGAACAAUGUGGAAGAAUUACCACGUUCAUCCUCGAAAGAGGGUUCUAUGUAUGUGAGUGUGGCCUCUAUGUGA